CGAGAAGCAGUCCGCGUCAUGGUUGCACUGAAAGAGGGAUUUUUUCUUGUCAAAAUAAUAAUAAUCGGGGCUGCCGCUUCGCAAGAGAUACUCUGGAAUCUUGGAAAACGUAACGAGAGUAGAUAUGAUAAUAUACUAAAUAAGGAAGCACGAUGCAAAACCAGGAUCCUUCCAUUGAUACUUGAUAAAAUUAUCGAUGUUUACAUGACCGAUGGAUAUAAUUUGCUAAUUGCUAUAGGAGAUAGAGGAAAAAAUGAUUGUUACUGUGAAAAUAUUGUGGGUGGAUUUUUUAAACUUGGUACAAGAACUGUUCUCGCCACGACGCCAAAUACAGAUAAAUUGAAUAUGUCUGAAGUCGUUUAUCAACAUCCAACUGGCUAUAUUCUCCUGGAAACUGAUUCAAAGGAGAUGAAAGAUCAAUUGAUACAGUUUGCAAGAAUGGGGAGUGCCUGGAAUCCUAGAGGCCUGUUCAUAAAGCUAGCGAACAGUAAAGUUGAGGCGGUAAAUAUGAUGAAAAAAUUAUGGGAGAACUUUAUCUAUAAAGUCGUGAUAUUAAUUAUCGGCGACGGUUUCUCAGUACUUGUAGAUAAAAUCGAAGCAUAUACUUGGCAGCCUUAUCACCCACACGAUUAUUGUGGACCACCGACUUUGGAAAAUCUAAUUAAACUGGGAAUAUCCACGGAGGACUUUAACUUUGAGAAAAAAAAUAAUUUCCAACCCGGAAUAAUGCCAAAAACAUUCGGCAAUUGCCCACUUAAUGUUACUAUAAAUAUUUGGGAGCCUUACGUUUAUCCAGAAGACAAGAAUGAAGCUCAAAGGGGUAUGGAGACAAGUCUAGUUCGAAUGGUUUUUCAAAAAAUGAAGAUCAAGGCUAAUGGUAAAUUCCAACCUUUGCAAGUUGAAAGAGAACCCAGCGAGGCCUGGUUAGGUUCCAUUAUACCAUUUGAAAUUGAUCUAGACCGGAACGAUCUCACAACGCCGUACAUUGAAGAUAUGUUAGUCUGGAUUGUUCCUCGUCGGCCGGUUAUUACGAGCAUACUUUUAAGCAUUGGUAAAGGAUUCGGAAUGAAACUUUGGAUAGCAUCAAUCCUCUCUAUAUGCUUAAUAGCAAUUUCUAUGAUGGCAGUUAAAAAAGAACAUUGGUGUCUAUCAAUUUGGGGAAGUCUUUGGGAUCAAGUAGAUAAGAAAAUUCCCAAAAAAGUCCGUGUAAUUUGGGCAGGUUGGUUAAUUUUGAUUCUGCACUUGGUCAGUGCAUAUAAAACAGUACUAGUCGCUCGUUUAAUGAAUCCAGUGCCACGAGAAGAAAUCCACAAUCAGGCAGAAUUAGUUUCAUCAGGUCUAAAACUAGGAUUCCUAUCUGGGGGGGAAUUAUUAUUUAACGCAGAGGAUGAAGUAGAAAAAAUAAUUUUAGAACAAUACGAUCUCUGCGAUACCGUACUUGCAUGUUAUAAGAAAGUUCCGGAGGGCCAAGCAUUAAUGACAAACAAAAUGUAUGCGGAUUACUUAGCUGGGCGGGAUGAUGUUGAUAAUUCGAUAGUGGAGAACGUCAGCUAUUUUCCAGCUGGUAGGACUUAUCAUAUCUGCACAAUCUUUGUCAAGGGUCAUGCAGUGGUACCGGCCUUUAACAGAAUUGUGCGCAAUAUAAUCGAAGCAGGCUUCAUCUCAAGAUGGACGAAAAAUGCCAGAUCUGUACAAGCGAGGAUAAAUAUACGGAAAUUAGGUUUAUCAGCUGAGGAAAAAUUGUCUCUCAUCAACUUUCAAGAGGGGUUCAUUUUGCUCGUAAUAGGCUUGGUCCUGGGAGGAAUAUCUUUCUUUUGCGAGAUAAUCCACCAUCUACUUUGCAAAAGCGUCUCAAGAUUACAGAGUAAAUGACGAGCUAUUUCGAGGUAAGAUAAAAUGAAGAAGAGAAUAACGAGAA